UUGUGUUUGUUCGUUUCGUGUUCGUAGGUGUGAAGGGGAGGCGGUGCAUUAGUAUAGCGUGGUUUUCGAAAUAAGUAAUUGAAUUGUAAAUACAACAACAAUAAUGGGAGUGACUGUGGACACAAUCACCCCUGGCGAUGAUUCCACAUACCCGAAGAAGGGCCAGACUGUAGUGGUCCACUACACCGGCACGCUGACCAGCGGAAAGAAGUUUGACUCGUCCCGCGACCGCGGCAAGCCCUUCAAGUUCAAGAUCGGCAAAGGAGAGGUCAUCAAAGGCUGGGAUGAGGGUGUUGCCAAGAUGUCCGUAGGCGAACGCGCCAAGCUGACCUGCACGCCCGACUACGCGUACGGCCAGCAGGGCCACCCCGGCGUCAUCCCCCCCAACUCCACUCUCAUCUUCGACGUUGAGCUUAUCAAACUUGAAUAAACCACCUUAAGAGACUC